GCUAGAACCGAGCAGGAUCAGACGCGAGCGAUGUGUAGUUACCUAAUCGUGUGCCUGGCCCCUGGCACGGAGGCCUACGAGGCCCCCGAGGUGCUGGCCGGCGAGGCCUACGACGAGAAGUGCGACUUGUGGUCGUUGGGAACCCUUCUGUACGUCAUGCUCAGCGGCUACAUGCCUUUCCAGUCGGUCAACCACGCCAGGGAGGGCGACUAUUCCUUCGACACCGACGAUUGGGACGAGGUCUCGGAGUCAGCCAAGGACCUGAUCAGCCGACUGUUGGUCGUGGACGCGAAGGCGCGCCUGUCGGCGGCGCAGGCCCUGGAGCACCCGUGGCUCCAGACCGCCGCGGAGACCUCCUCGGUGCAGCCGCACGUGCUGGCGCGGCUGAAGAACUUCCAGCAGAUCUCGGCGUUCCGCAAGAUCUUGCUCAUUGUUCUCUCCCGCCAGCUGGCCACGAACGACCUGCCCGACAUGUACGAGGCCUUCAAGACCCUGGACCGAGACGGCGACGGCAAGCUGUCGCACAAGGAGCUGCACACCGCACUCUCGACGCGCAUGGAGUCGCAGGAACUGGAGCAGGUUCUGGAUGCCAUGGACGUAGAUGGCAGUGGCUGCGUGGACUACAGCGAGUUUCUGGCGGCAGCGUUCGAUCGUCGCUCCGCCCGGGAGGACCUCAUCCUGCAGGUCUUCCGCGCACUGGACCGCGACGAGAGCGGCACCGUGGGGAUCCAGGAGCUCCACGCCAUGCUCGACGACGUGCAGGGCCACGAGGGCGUCUCGGCGGCCCUGCGCGAGGAGGCGCGGGAGCUGCUGGAGCAGUACGACCAAGAUGGCGACGGCCUGUUGAACUUCGACGAGUUCAGACGCCUGCUGACGCGGCAGACCUCCGCGGACCACCUCCGGGACGCGCGCGGCGCGGCCCGGAAGGGCCGCCCCGGCCUCGAGACCUGGAGCGUGGGGCAGGUCAAUCAGGCGGCGAACCAGAUGAGGUUGUCGGGGACGAUCAGAGGUUUCAAGAAGGACCUGGACGAGAUCAAGCAGGAGCUCUCCGAGAAGUCCGAGAGGUCCCGGCUCUCCGAGAAGACCCCCCGGCGGCUCUCGGGGCCAGUGCGCUUCGGAGGAGGCGGGCUGCCGGUGGUCCUGCCGCCGGAGGCCGAGACGCCGGACAAGAACCACGCAAGGCUGGACGAGCCCUGGCGCUCGUCGAGGAGAUCGUGCGAGGGGCGGCGGCUGCUGGAGGCUCCCGCAGCGGCCGCCAGGCCUCCGCAGACCGGCUGUCUGACUGGCUGCCUCGCGGUCUGCCCGCCGCUCCUGCGGCGGUGGCGCUGAGCGGCGGCGGGCGGAGCAUCUGGACAGGGACCCGGGCAGCCCUCGCCAUCCAGCGCCCUUCGCACGGCAUCCCCUGCUCCUGCUCUGCUGACGCCAGGCCCCAAGUAAUUCGACACUCGGGCGCGCCUGCGGCUGCAGGGUCUCGCCAUCCCGGCGCCGCGAAAGAGGUAUGAUGGUCGGGCUGCGCCGUGUGAUGCUGCGCUUCUGGCCCCAAAGGCCCCCACGGCUCGCCCCCCGGCGCGGGAGGAGGUUGCGCCCCAGGCGGGGCCGCUUUCCUCGCCCUCCAGGCGCCGAUGGCGUGGCCUCUCGAGGUCGAGACCGUUGGCUCGGCUUGGGGUCUGCAUCGCGCCGGUCGUGACCAAUUGACGGCGUCGUCUUUCUCGCGGCGGCGGACAUUCGGGCGAGAUCCAUCCCGCGCCCAGUGCCCCACACAUAUACUCGCAGCGGCACUAGGCGCCGGUUAGCGCCACGGCCCCGUGGCUAGUCGGGACUCCGUGGCGGCCGCCUAAGAGCACCGCCUGCGCGUCCUGGCGAGAAAGAAGAAGCACCGCGUGGGCCGGGGC